AAUAAAAAUUUGAAAAUAACAAUUUAAAAAUAAAAAUUUGAAAAUUAAAACGAUAAACAAAUUAGACCGAAAAAUGGUUGAAAAAGUGGCCACAACAAUGUUGGCGCGCGUGAAGCAGCUGCAAUGGCGCAAAGUAUUCCACAUGUACUACAUCGAACCGAUCGUUUUUGUGCUGGUCUUUGCGCAUAGUCUAUCCGGCACCAUACUACGAAAUCAAAUCAUAUAUCAGGCCUGUACGACAGUAUUCAAUUACAAUGAAAGCAUUUGCGAAGAAUUGGGCACAAAAAACGCCAGCGAACAAGCAACGAAAAUUGAAACCGAAGUGCAGCCGUACGUGGCAAAUCUGUUUAUGAUACGCACACUAUUGGAGAGCAUUGUGCCGGCGUUGUGUGGCGUUUUCAUUGGCUCGUGGUCGGAUCAUUAUGGCCGCAAGCCACUGCUGGUCAUCUCAAUGAUAGGCUUCUCCUUCACCUACAUUAUAGCGGCGGUGAUUUGUCAAAUAGCCGUCUAUCAGCCGGUGAAUCCUUGGUACUACGUGCUGGCUGUGGUGCCACACUCCGUUUUAGGUGGAAAUUGUGUGUUUUCUGUGGCAGCUUUCUGCUUUAUCUCCGAUGUUACUGACACAAAGACGAGACCCUAUAGAAUGAUUUUCAUGGAAGCAUUCUUUUUCAUCGGCUUAAUGGGCGGCUCUUUGCUCUCAAGUUUCGUCUACGCUGCCACCGGUGCCACCACCACAUUCAUCAUAUCCGGUUUACUCAUGUGCGGCGCUACUGUUUUCAUCGUCGUCAGCGUGCCAGAAAGUCUGCAUUAUUGUCCCGAACAAGAAACUAGCGAAACGAUCAAAUGUACAACAACUACUUUAAAUGGUUGUUGUGACAAAGUGAUCACACAAAAAAGCAUUAAAGAAAAACAAAUAGAAAGUACAAAUAACGAUAGUCUGGACAUGUUAAAGAAUAUGCAAGCAAAACGUAUAAGUGAGCUCACUAUAAAUGCCGAAGGCAAAGUCGUUGAGGUCACAGCCGAUGAGAAGCAAAAGGAUGCCAAGGCCACAGGAAAGGAAAGGAAAAAGGAUCUGAGCGCAUGCGAAAGGGCAAGCAAGGACACAAAUAUGAAGAAUUUCACAAUGAAAACUGCAAGUGCUGAAGCAGAAUCCACGGAGGAGAAGCCCAAAAGGGCGGGACUUUUCAGUUACGUGCAUAUCAAGGACAUGUUGGUGACGUGCUUCAAGACGCGGCCAUACUACGAUCGCAGCAUUAUUUGGCUUGUAACCGGCACAAUGUUUCUUUCGAUAUUCGUAAUCGAUGGCGCCAUGACGGUUUUCUACUUGUUCGUGCGUGAGAAAUUCCACUGGACCGUGCGUGAUUUCACAUUCUACGAGACGGUUAGUCACAUGGUGCCCAUGUUCGGCGCCCUGGUUGGUUUCUUGAUAUUACGUAAGGUCUUCAGCAUGUCCGUGGUCACUUUGGCACUGCUUGCAUUCCUCAGCGAUAUUGCCAGCAGCAUUGUGCGGGGUGUGGCUUCAGAGCCUUGGCAUUUGUAUUUGGCUGUUGCUUUGGGCGCCUUCAGAUCGGUUGGUGGUCCAAUGUGCCGCACCAUUGUAUCGAAUAUCGUGCCGCCUACUGAUUUGGGUAAAAUAUUUUCUAUAAAAAAUGUUUUGCAGUCCAUAGCGCCCUUUUUGGCAGCACCGCUCUACACAGUCAUCUAUAAAGAGUCUUUGAAAAUGUACCCGGGUCUGUUUAAUAUUGUCAGCGCUGCUUUAUACGCAAUCGCCUUCAUAUUUCUGAUCGUUGUCUUGCGAUUCAAGUAUUCCCACAAAGAGCAUUAUGCGUCUAUAUUGAAAUGAUAUAACCAACGAAUGCUAUCUAGUUCUAUCAGCUGUUAUUAUGCAAACUUAUGUGAUAUUUGUUAGAAUUAAGUAAAUUGAAUUGUUCGAAUAUAAAUAUAUAUUUUUUAAUUAUUAGUAAAAUGAAA